AUGGCGAGCCCGUUCUAUUACAGUAACCGAUGGAAUUACCCGCGUCGAUACUACUACCCCACCGAGCCGUCUCCCACUCCCUCACCGCCGGCGCGCAAGGUGGUGUCCAUCCCAGUCCACCACGUCGCUUCUCCUUCUCCUUCGGAUCUGCUGCUCCGCAGAUCCGACUCGGCGGCGAGGAAGAUCCAGAAGGUGUUCAGGGGAUUCCUGGUGAGGAAAAGCAUGAAGAGGAUUGCCGGGAUAAGAAGCGAGGUUAACGCGGUGGAGAUCAGGAUCUCGGGUACCACGGAUUUGAUUUGCAGGGAUGGCAAAGAGCGGCUCAAGGUUAACGAGACGCUCAUGAGUUUGCUCUUCAGGCUGGAUUCCGUCCCCGGCUCGGAUCCGGGAGUUAGGGAUUUCAGGAAGCGAGUCAUAAAAAAGGCAAUCGCGUUGCAAGAGUUCGUCGAUUCAAUUGCCGAUUCCGGCUUUGAAAAUCACGAAUCCCUUGAAUCAGCAGCAGCAAUUGAAGCUGAAGGCCGCGGCGGCGAUUCAGUUUCAGAUUGUGCCGUUCAGCUUGAAAUUUCCCGAGAGCAAACUAACGAUGAUGAUCAGGCCGAGAGCCAAUGGGAGGAUCUGCAAAAUUGGACGCUGGUGGAAGAAGAUGAUAGUGACGGUUGUAACGCCAGCGAGAAGCAGUGGGGAGAUCACUCCGAGAAGAAUGGCGACGGUGAAAAAGAGAAGAGGAAGAACACGGAGCUGCUGGAGAAGAUGGCAGGGGAGAACGAGAGGAUGAUUGGGAUGAUGGCGGCGUUGUACGAGAGGAAUCGAAUGCAGGCUCGGCUUCUGGAUGCCUUGUCUCAGAGGGUGGAGCAGCUCGAGAGGGCGUUCAUCUGCGACAAGCUGCGGCGGAAGAAGCGACGGAGUGGGAUUGGCUCCGCCGCCGAUUGUCUGCUGGAAAAAUCGAAAAUUUGGAAGAAAUUGUGA